UGAACAGCGACAACUGACCCCGCGUCCGUCUGUAGACACAGGGCGGCAGCUUUUGCACAACACAGCCAGCUAGGUAGAUUGCUAACGUUAGCUGUAUGAUCUAGCUAGCAUCCAAUAUCUGGUAUUAAACGAUUUUCUCAUUAUUUGACAUUAUCGUUGACAUGUCGGCCUUUUCAGAGGCAGCUUUGGAGAAGAAACUAUCGGAGCUUAGCAAUUCCCAACAAAGUGUCCAGACUCUGUCACUGUGGCUUAUACAUCAUAGAAAACACUCGAAGACCAUCGUCAACGUUUGGUUCAACGAAUUGAAAAAAGGUAAUGUUAGCUAGCUAAAAUAUAUUAAUCAAUAUUAACAUGUAUCUCCAAGUUUUGUUCAGUUAGCUAUGAAUGAUUAACGUACACAAUCUAAGUGUAGCUAACUAGCUAAUGUUAGAUAACAUUUUAUGUUUGUUUACUUGCAAAGGUUACUGUGUAGCUAGCCAGCGCUUUCAUUAGACCACAUCCCAACCAACUAAUGUUAGCUACUAGCUAGCUAUGUCAUUAACUUUUCUCUAAUCUAAAUGAAGUCAGUUUGUUAGUAAAGUAUUGAACCGCCAGUAACUGUAGCUAGAUGGCUUUGUGGCUAAACUUUUUUGCUAAUCGUGUAGUUAUUAAUGCUUGCUAUUUAACUUCACUUUAGUUUGUUAGCUAGCUAGCUCUCUCCUCUCCCAACAGUGCCAGGGUGGGGUAGUCAUCGUCACACGGUGGAGGCAUGUCCACAAUCAAGCGUAGAUGUUAACAAUCCCCCUGUUAAGGUCUUGCUUGUAUGGUUAACUAGACUGACACGAGGCCCCAUUCAGGCCACUCAGCUGCAACCUAGCUACGUUACCUCACAAGUCUAGUCCUUCUAAAGUUUACAUUUAGUUGGAUGCCUAGCUAAUUUGUAUCUCAAUAAAGUUACGUCAUUGGAGUGAUUGCUCAGAUAGUGAAUGAGAUUGCAAUAGCUACUAGUUAGUCAUUUGAGUCCUAAAACCAGGCAAUCUUGUUACAGCUAAAGAGCCCCUCGCAUUGGGACCAUACUUCACUGUCAGACAUUUCCUACUAAAUUGUUCCAUUUAAAAGCAGGGUAAGGUAGCUAACCCACAUGUGACCAAGGGUCAGCAUUGCUGCCCAUCAACGUUUACACAUGUAGUUAGGUUAUAUGUGCUGCAUGCACCUGCUCAAAAAGUGCCUAUCCACGAACUUCUCUGCAUCACUGCACAUGAGGGAUGGGCUAUAUUUGUGAAAUGUUGUCUGCAAAAUAGGGUGACAGACCGACAUUAGCCUACCUAUUUGACUCAUCUAGGCCUACAUUCCCUGCUUUGCCAAUAAAAGUUCACAAUAAAAUGAAGACCUAGAAACACAAAUAUGACCUUUGUAUCUAAGGAUUUCUCAGACUACACUGCCACAAGGUCUCAAUGUGUGAAUACCUUUGGGAACCUGUUAUGACUGCCAAAUUCACUUAUAGAAAGGUGCAGGGUGGCUUUCAAGUUUUUGUUGUUGAUUGGGUUCAGGUCAUUUGUGGUGUUUUGCCAUGUGAAAUUGGUGAUCAGUUCACAGAUGUUGAGUGUUUCAUUUCAAACAUAAUGCUUAAAAUGUACUAGGGAAGAAGACAAUCUGCAUUGGCAUAAAUCUUACCUAGUAAAAUCAAUUUACCUGGUCAAAUAAGGUUUUUAAAACCCCAUCUGUUGUGGAUGACAUUAACCUAUCUUAUCUAGCCUACUGCAUAGAUAUAAAUGUAUGAGGUCUGAGCUUGUGUGCUAGCUAGUUGGUUAGGAGUGGUAUUUUGAUGCACGCUCUCGGUUUUCCUUUGGGUAACAGAGCCUAAUGAUAUCCCAGUUGGACCUCUGUAUUUUGGGAGCUGCUGACUCUUUUCUGUGGACUGGGAAUAGCAUUGGAUGUCUUCUCAUUUCUCUGCCUCAGAGGGUUCUCUGUAGCCGACUCGUGGUUAGAGUUGUGGUCUCAUUUUCUAGGUUUCUUAUUUCCUGUUUCUUUGUCAUCACUGUGCUUGGUGUUUGAUGCUCACUAACCACAAAUCACAAAAAGGGCUGUCUCUGGCUUCAAGUCCUUAUGAACAGCUAUGAAGUCUGAUUUUGUGCUGUGUACAGUCAGUGAUUGUCUAAAUCUCCAAUGCCGACAAUUCACAGUUCAGUGUCGGUAGAUCAAAGCUGUGAGCCAUUGCAAAGGAUGCAUCUAGGCCCUCUUUCUAGACUCUUGCACAUUAAUGGAGCUGGGGUUUAAAUUAGAUAAGUGGUGUGCAGUUCCUAAAAUGUCCUCUUUUUCAUAAGGGCUCCUUGUCACCAUGGUGAGUGAGUGAGUGUGUGUGUGUGUGUGUGUGUACAGGGCAGUGGCUUGGGGAGAUGGGCCCAGUCGUGUCACUUGGGGCUGAUUUGCUCUCUCAAUACAUGAACCAGGAAGAGGCAUGUCCAGCUUUGCGUUUAUUUUCUUAGCCUUGGAGCAAGAAUAACCCCCAUCCUCCUGGAGACAGAUCUUCCUCAUACCAUAGAGCUAUAUAACACCACCUGUUUAUCAACUGCAUUAUAAUGUGUGGGCUAUGUAGAUUAGGCUAUAUUAUGCAGCGUCAUACUUUUCUGCUCUUAUAGUCAGCCAGUGUUGGCGUGUUAAGGCCUAAGUGAGCUCUAAGUUAAUUUUGUGUAGUCUGUCUGAGUGUCAAGAAAGGUAUCCUGAGGUGAAGCUCAGCAGAUGUAUUUGUUGACACUUGCCUGUGUUGCUAGGCUUUGUGUAGUUUAACUCUGCUCUGAAUCAGUUUCCCACAGUUGACUGAUCUCUGUCUGCAGCCAAGGUAUCCAGGAAGCUCACCUUCCUCUACCUCGCCAACGACGUCAUCCAGAACAGCAAGAAGAAAGGACCCGAGUUCACCCAGGACUUUGCUCCUGUCAUUGUUGAUGCCUUCAAACAUGUGUCCAGGUGAGGGGUGAGAUGCACAGUCAAAUCUGUCUCCCACUGUUUUCCCUACAGUAGUAAUUGGGGCAUGAGCCUGUUGAUGGUAAUUAGAUGUGUGUGUACGUGCAGGGAAGGAGAGGACGGCUGUAAGAAACAGCUGGGCCGGGUUCUGUCCAUCUGGCAGGAGAGAGCUGUGUAUGAAAACAACCUGCUGGACCAGCUCUCACGCGUCCUGCGUAAGUACCCUCCUAACCAAGACACCUCUGGUUUGUUUCACCCCUCUAAGUGGCUUCCUCGUCUGAAAACAUGGUGCUUUCUCUCCAUGUCCUCCAUCUACUCUGAUCUGAAAACAUGGUGCUUUCUCUCCAUGUCCUCCAUCUACUCUGAUCUGAAAACACGGUGCUUUCUCUCCAUGUCCUCCAUCUACUCUGAUCUGAAAACACGGCGCUUUCUCUCCAUGUCCUCCAUCUACUCUGAUCUGAAAACAUGGUGCUUUCUCUCCAUGUCCUCCAUCUACUCUGAUCUGAAAACAUGGUCCUUUCUCUCCAUCUACUCUGAUCUGAAAACAGUCCUUUCUCUCCAUGUCCUCCGAUCUGAAAACAUAGUGCUUUCUCUCCAUCUACUCUGAUCUGAAAACAUAGGAUGCUUGAAAGGAGGUAUUGACAUUCCCUAGUCAUUACUUCACAUAAGUGAGUGUCAAUAAAGGAUGUGAAAUAGUAUUGUGCCAUCUUCUUUCCAUCUCUCUCUGUUCCCAUGAUCGCUCACCCUGUAUAUAUGUUCCACAGUGGGAGAGAAGAAGGCCAAGAAGAGGCCGUAUGAGGAGAUUCAACUGGAAGACCUGGACUUGGCCUCCCAAAGCUCUCCCGCAGAGCCCCCACAGGUACAGGCCAACCCAACACCUCACAGGGGGGUGUAAUAGCUAGAUUAAUUUUACCAAACAGGUUAUUUUUCGUUGCAUUUACCUCUUAGUAUCCCACCUAACUGAAUAGUUCUUGUAUCCACAUGGCUUUGUUAAGACAUUGCUUUGUUAGUUCUUUGUUUUAGAGGUUUGGUCUACUUUCUGACUGCAAUGUGGGACUCUCCUCCUUUAUCCCCCCGUCGCUGUAAUUUCUUCCUUCUCCUUUUCCUCUCCAUUUUCCUGUCCUGCCUUUUCUUCACACCGUGCUCCCCGUCUCUCCUCUCCCCAUCUUCCCUCUUUUUCUACCUCUCCUCUACCUGCCCCUUCCUUCCUCGGCAGACGGCAGAGUUAAUCCGGGCCCUGCAGGAGCUGGAGAAUGCAGCCUCUGGGGACUCGGCACUGCGCCAGCGAAUCUCCUCCUUGCCUGCUGAGGUGCAGGACACAUCUCUGCUGCACAGGAUCACGGGUAGGCCCUGGCACACACCUCUAUCCCACACUCCCAUUAGCUACAGUCAGCCAUGCUCCAGAUCAUUUUCAUUUCAUUUUACCUUUAUUUAACUAGGCAAGUCAGUUAAGAACAAAUUCUUAUUUCCGAUGACGGCCUACACCGGCCAAACCCGGACAACGCUGGGCCAAUUGUGCGCCGCCCUAUGGGACUCCCAAUCACGGCCGGUUGUGAUACAGCCUGGAAUCGAACCAGGGGGUCUGUAGUGACGCCUCAAACACUGAGAUGCAGUGCCUUAGACCUCUGCGCCACUCGGGAGAAUGCUGUUGUUGGAAGGGGUGGGGGGGUACAGGGUGCUGACCCCUGCAGUUGACCCAGCUGUGUGUAGCCUAGUUUCUGGAAGUGAACGGACCGUGUUAGUGCUGUCCUCUGGAAAAACAACAACCGAGAUACCAUGCUACAUAGAAACACUACUUACAGUCAGUUAAACAGUGAAACAAACCCUACAUCGGGUUUAUUGUCACAUACACAGGAUAGGUGCAGUGUAAUGUGUUAAACAUAUUGGGCUCUAUUUUAACAAACCUAACGCGAUGGUUAAUCUAAGUGCAGGCGGUAGCGCUAUAGGUUCAGGGGUGUGUCAGAAAUAUUUUUGCUAUUUUCACUUACAAUUAUCUGUACACUUACUGGCGUUGGCACAAAAGGGCUGGAUUUUGAUGAAUAAACACGUUGUGGGUGUGUCGAGGCUUGGCCCCUCACUGGCCAAUCAGAAUGUGCUCCAUUGCUAAAUAUGUGGUUGCUUCAAGUUGUGUAUUUACGGUCUUUUAUAUAUUGCCUUGGAAUCAACUCCAAUUCCAAUGUUAGUCCGUUAUAGUUUGCUAAAUGGCUUACAGAAACGAAAUAACAUAAUGUAGACCUAUCUUGGCAAAAUAGUUAACUUGAAGCCAUUUGCAGUCCACAUUGUUCUAAGUAAUUGCAUGGCUUCAAUAGCAUUCACACUUGUAUAGGGGCUAGGCCUACUGUAAAUUGCAUUAUGGCUGAGCAUGGACAUGCCAAACAUUGUAAAAAAAGCAAGAUUAAAUUCAUUAUUGAUAAGGCCUAAAAAGAGAACAAAUAAUUAUAAUCAAGUUCUAAACAAAACAACUUGUUUUAAAUAGGCUAUGUCACUCUUACAGGCACCAUCAUUUCUCCCCGUGGGCAUAUAUUAUUGAAACAACGCACAUCCAAACUUUUUCACAGUAGCUGGACAAAGAUCCAAUAUAAAUAGAAAGGGAGAAUGUCCUCUCACCGUUCUACUGCUCCCAAAUAGACCUAUGUUUUAUGAACAUCAUUGGAACCAUCUUACAGAUCAGAUCACAUUCUCACAUCUCCAGAAGUUGCAUGCGCGCCAUGGACGUUGUAACCAUAAAACCUGGUGAAUCGUUCUAAUAAGAUUGUAAUAAAAGUUUACCAAAAAAUACAAGCAAUCAGUAAAAAAUGUUUUACAACAACAGUGAAAAUGUAAAAUGUAAUGAUAUCAUAAAAUCUCUAGGAUAAAAAAGACAGGCAUUGCUGUUGAACCAGCCUUCGUUAUAGGAGGCCUAAGGGAGGGCUUGCUGUUGAACCAGCCUUCGUUAUAGGAGGCCUAAGGGAGGGCUUGCUGUUGAACCAGCCUUCGUUAUAGGAGGCCUAAGGGAGGGCUUGGGUUUUGAACAUAUGAAACGGAAAACAAGCCAUUGUUGCAGGUUACAGAUAACUUCUAAAUACAAGGUUCACCGGUAUUCACAGAGGUUCUCGUUUCAUGAUGGCAUGGACACAUAGCCUGGAGGGGGGUUUUACGCACUUCCAAAACGGGACCUGCAUGGCUAAAAUAAUGUGGGCCUGCCUACAAUGCAUAGAUAAAAAGGGAGUGUCAGAUCACUGUUUUACUCCUCUCAAAUGUUAUAUUUGAAUAAAGCUUUGGUGAUUUAAGAUGUAUUUCCAAGCGGUCUCAGGAGCCAAACCCUUUAUCAACAGUCUUGACCACUUCGUGAUUGCAUUGGGCAGGACAAAAAAAAGCCUUCAUUGUGAGAAGGGGAGGCUAUGCUUGGUUAAAUAAAGUGAAAUGGGGGGGGGGGGGGGAAACAUAAAGGCACCAAAAUCACAUUAAGCUACUCUUGUUCCAUGCGUAUAUGGGCAGUGUGCAUCAUAGCUGGAUAGGCUGCGUUUCCGCUGUCAAAAUUAAUGCCAUAACCAACUGCAUUACCGCUAAAACCAGCUUUUGGUUGGCCUUAAAUAUCCCUAUCAGCGCUGCCUGAAAAUAGCACUUUGGAUCAUCUUUUUAAGGACACACCUCAAAUAUUUCCACCCCUCCCAUCUGAGCACAAGCGAGCUGAUAUAAGACAGGUAAAUUGCUGAACCUGGCGUUAGGGAAGGAAAAUGCCAGUUUUUACAUAACGAAAUGGCAAAAUAAUGUGCGUUUUAACACUAGCGCCGCCUUAACGCCAGCCGAAAAUAGAGCCCAUUGUAUAUUAGUUGGCCCUACAAUUAGCAAAUCUCUCAAUCACAUGAUACAGUGACGGAAAAAAGUAUUUGAUCCCCUGCUGAUUUUGUACGUUUGCCCACUGACAAAGAAAUGAUCAGUCUAUAAUUUUAAUGGUAGGUUUAUUUGAACAGUGAGAGACAGAAUAACAACAACAAAAUCCAGAAAAACGCAUGUCAAAAAUUUUAUAAAUUGAUUUGCAUUUUAAUGAGGGAAAUAAGUAUUUGACCCCUCUGCAAAACAUGACUUAGUACUUGGUGGCAAAACCCUUGUUGGCAAUCACAGAGGUCAGACGUUUCUUGUAGUUGGCCACCAGGUUUGCACACAUCUCAGGAGGGAUUUUGUUCCACCCCUCUUUGCAGAUCUUCUCCAAGUCAUUAAGGUUUCGAGGCUGACGUUUGGCAACUCGAACCUUCAGCUCCCUUCACAGAUUGUCUAUGGAAUUAAGGUCUGGAGACUGGCUAGGCCACUCCAGGACCUUAAUGUGCCUCUUCUUGAGCCACUCCUUUGUUGCCUUGGCCGUGUGUUUUGGGUCAUUGUCAUGCUGGAAUACCCAUCCACGACCCAUUUUCAAUGACCUGGCUGAGGGAAGGAGGUUCUCACCCAAGAUUUGACGGUACAUGGCCCCGUCCAUCGUCCCUUUGAUGCGGUGAAGUUGUCCUGUCCCCUUAGCAGAAAAACACCCCCAAAGCAUAAUGUUUCCACCUCCAUGUUUGACGGUGGGGAUGGUGUUCUUGGGGUCAUAGGCAGCAUUCCUCCUCCUCCAAACACGGCGAGUUGAGUUGAUGCCAAAGAGCUCGAUUUUGGUCUCAUCUGACCACAACACUUUCACCCAGUUCUCCUCUGAAUCAUUCAGAUGUUCAUUGGCAAACUUCAGACGGCCCUGUAUAUGUGCUUUCUUGAGCAGGGGGACCUUGUGGGCGCUGCAGGAUUUCAGUCCUUCACGGCGUAGUGUGUUACCAAUUGUUUUCUUGGUGACUAUGGUCCCAGCUGCCUUGAUCAAUGACAAUAUCCUCCUGUGUAGUUCUGGGCUGAUUGCUCACCGUUCUCAUGAUCAUUGCAACUCCACGAGGUGAGAUCUUGCAUGGAGCCCCAGGCCGAGGGAGAUUGACAGUUAUUUUGUGUUUCUUCCAUUUGCGAAUAAUCGCAACAACUGUUGUCACCCUCUCACGAAGCUGCUUGGCGAUGGUCUUGUAGCCCAUUCCAGCCUUGUGUAGGUCUACAAUCUUGUCCCUGACAUCCUUGGAGAGCUCUUUGGUCUUGGCCAUGGUGGAGAGUUUGGAAUCUGAUUGAUUGAUUGCUUCUGUGGACAGGUGUCUUUUAUACAGGUAACAAGCUGAGAUUAGGAGCACUCCCUUUAAGAGUGUGCUCCUAAUCUCAGCUCGUUACCUGUAUAAAAGACACCUGGGAGCCAGAAACCUUUCUGAUUGAGAUGGGGUCAAAUACUUAUUUCCCUCAUUAAAAUGCAAAUCGAUUUAUAACAUUUUUGACAUGCGUUUUUCUGGAUUUUUUUGUUGUAAUUCUGUCUCUCACUGUUCAAAUAAACCUACCAUUAAAGUUAUAGACUGAUCAUUUAUUUGUCAGUGGGCAAACGUACAAAAUCAGCAGGGGAUCAAAUACUUUUUUCCCUCACUGUAAGUCCCACCUCUGUCAGCCACAACUGACGAAGGGCUGUUAUGUUGGGGAUGUAAUUUACCCAACAAUGCUCAUUGGACACACACCCACAAGUAUGUCUUACUAUACUUGAUUUUCCCUAACCCAUAAACCUUACCCUAACCGUAAUCCCUAAACCUAAUUCUAACCUUAACCCCUAAGCCUAAAAUAUCAUUUUUACAAGUGAGGACCAGCAAAAUGUCAUCACUUCUGAAUUUUAGUUGGUUUGCUAUUUUUGUGAGGCCUUCUGGUACUCACAAGUAUAGUAAAACGUGUAUAUACACAAACACACACAUCAGUGCUUGAUAUCAUUUGUCAUCAUUGAACUCUGUGUUGUUGUUUUUAUCGCACUGCUUUGCUUUAUCUUGGCCAGGUCGCAGUUGUAAAUGAGAACUUGUUCUCAACUGGCUUACCUGGUUAAAUAAAGGUGAAAUAAAAAAAAAUGUGCCCCAAUGAACCAUUUUAAGUUAAAGCAUUCUCUCCCCCUCCUCUGUGUGUCUCAGAUAAAGAGCAGGGUGAGCGCCUGUCCAGGCUGGUGGAGGAGGCGUGCAUGCUGUUGGCGGACUUCAGCGGCCGUUUGGCGGCGGAGAUCGACGACCGGCGGCAGCUCACGCGCACGCUCACCCUGUUUCUACACAGCCAGAGGGACGGCCUGGCCCAGAACGAGCAGAAACUACAAGUGUGUAAAUAGCACCUUCCUUUUUUCACUACACAUCCUUUUCUGUCAUCCUCCGUCUUCAUUGUGUCUAUCCGUCUGUCUCGCAUGUUGUUUCAUUCACUCUUUGUGUGUUUCUGUUUCUGUAGCAUGUAUUUUCCUCUUGUGUCCUGUAUCAUUUCACCCUUUCAAGUGGUAUGUUUUGCAUCUCACCAUUUCCCCCAUGGUUAGUACAGGCCCGAAGGCUUUAGCAAAGAUGACAUCUCACUCCAUUGCUUGCAAAAUGACUACACACUUUCCAUUGGUUUCUAAUACACUGUGGAGAAAAUAAACUGUUUUGUAAUUGCUGAAUGCUUAACUGUCCAGCCUUUACCCACAGGAACUGAGCAAGAUCAAGUCUUCUGGUCUAUGUAUCUGCAGUGUAUCUGCAGUUCAACAAAUCUCUCUUGUAAUAAAGAAAAAUAAAAGAGAAAAUAAAACUGAAUCUGUGAGUGCUGUUAUUUGAUGCUACUUGUGUUUGUACUGGUGGGGGUUGCAUUGCAUUACUCCAGUCCAAUUUAUUGACUUUACUUUUGAGUGUCAUUAUAUUAAAUACAUUUUCAUUAAACACUAUUUUAUUAAGCAUAAAAACAAUCAAACUUCACCUGUUAUUUUAUUACAUAAGAUAUUUUUUCUAUAACUAAAACACAUUUUAAAAACCCAGUUUUGAUUCAUAAACGGAUACUUCAUGACUUCAACAAAAUAACACAAAACUAGAGCAGAAAAAUUGAAUGCUAUUAAAAUUUGUACUCUGUAACAGUAGCCUCAAAUGUACAAUAUGAGUAAAAUGUCUUAUGCCUCUUACAAUAAUUUGGAAACUCAAUGCACACAGUUAAGAGUUAUUACAGACAGGCCCAUGUGACAUUUGUCCAUUUAUUUGAAAUGAAGUGCAUUCAGAGAUGGCUAGUGUUAUAAACUGAACCUAACAUUAAAAAGAAUAUUAUUCUUACUCAUACUGCGGUAGUUAAAAUGCCAUUGAAGGUAUUUUCAGCAAGUGUAAGUUAUAUUCAUAGUUUGACUGCAAAUAUUAUUUUUGUUUCUUCUCAAUUUGAAUUGUCAAGCCCCUGAACCAGAGGUGGGCAGCUCUGGUCCUGGAGGGCUGCAUUAUGUGCAGGCUUUUGUUUCCGCCCAGCAAUAACACACCAAAUCGUCCCUAGUAAUAAGUCUUCCCUAAUCAUUUAGACCACAAUUAGUUUAAUCAGGUGUGUUAGUUGGGCUGGAAUAAAAAGCUGAACUCUGCAGCUCCCCAGGACUAGAGUUGUCCACCCCCUGUUCUAAACACAUGUCUUCUAGUGACAGGGCUAUUAGCGUUUGGCUAUUUUCUGGCUUACCUUGUGUUCUGGGUUCAGAGUGGUUUUACUCUCCCACAUUGAGGAUAGAGGUCGAUUACAUUACUGGGUAAAUACUAGCGUAGGGGAGUCCGACAUUUCAGUUAAGGGGUUGUUUGUCAAACUGGGCCUUGGUUACAGGCCUUAGCAUAUCCUUGACUUGCCUAUAAGGUUGAAUUUCUCCUAUACUGUACUAUUGAUUAGGCUUUUAGCCUUUUUGAAUAGUUAGAUUAGUCAUACUGCCCUAAAAAUAGGAGCUAAGGAAACACCUCUGUUUUUCUCUGUAGCAAAUAAAUGAAUAGAUCGAACACUAGUAUUUCUGUCACUUGAAAUGUAAUGAAAUGAUUUCAUAGCUCACAACUUUAAUGACAGAAUGGUUAUAGUAAAGGUCUUUCAAAAAUAUUUACCUUGCCAUCCCUCUGAUUCUGAUGUGAGGAUGAUGGUUUUCAUGAAAAAUAAGCAAAAUACCAACACACACACCAAUAAUAUAAAACUACUCACAACUCACUUUUUCAUUAAACAUUUUAUUUUAGCCACUUAUAAAAGUAAAUCGGGCUCCACAAUGAAACAGAAAUUAUUGAAUGUCAUCAGUUUACUAUGAUGUGCCCAAGUUCCUUUGUAAAUCCACCCUUUCCUAACCAUUGUGCUACAAGGUUCACAACUAGCUACAAGGUUUACAGUGAACUCCAAGAUGAAGAUGUCUAACAAUUGAACAGCAUAUCCAACUCCAAAUAUAAUGUUGUACAAAAAAAGUGUCACAUUAUUCUUCACACCUAUUCUUGUUGUUUCAGGAGUACAAGCGCAAGCUGGCGCGGGUGACCCAGGUACGGAAGGAUCUACGUUCUCAUCUCAGCAACCUACCAGACCUUUCUGUGCUCCCCAGUGUGACCGGCGGACAUUUGCACCUGCCCUCAUUGGGCGUCGAGCUUUAUGACCCCACAGCCUGACAGCUCACCUGUGCUUCCCAUCCCUGACCGACCACCCACCCUCUGAUUGACACAUCUCUCGCCCUAUCAUUUAACAUGUGGACAUCACUUCACUUAGUGGACAUCGAAGUCACUUAGUAACCUUUGAUUGACGCAUCUCCCAACCUAUCAUUGGCCAUAUGCUUCUUGCCAUUGCGCUACUGUUUGACGUAGGUUCUCUCAUCCAAUCUUUCCCCAUGUAGUCAUGUUUAUCAAAUACCUCUCUUACCCAUCAUCAUGUAACCCUCCCUUUGGUACAGUAUAUCUCCCUUCUAUUCUCUUCACAAUAGAUCACUCUGAUUGGUAUAGUAUAUAUAAUUUGCGUCCACAUCUAAUGCUAUUUAAUGAAGGGUAUGACCCAUGUUUUCCAUACCUAAUGCACUCUCUUUCUUCCCCUCUGUUCUUCCUCUGAAUACAUAUACUGGUUUGGUGAUUCCCCCUUGGCUUUCACUGACAGUCUUUCCAUGCAGAGGAGGCUGGUGGGCGGAGCUAUAGGAGGACAGGCUCAUUGUAAUGGCUGGAAUGGAAUAAAUGGAAC